AUGUCAGGCCUAGAGGUGCUCGGUGGAAUUUCUGCGGUGAUCUCCCUUCUUGAUGCAUCGAUCAAGAUCUACGAUAGCGCCCAGCAUGACAUAAAGUUAUCGGCAACUUUCGAAGUCGUUCGACUUCGGCUUCCAAUCCUACUCCAUACCCUUGAGAUUUGCAAAAAGAACCUUGGAUCAAGACAAGAUGCAAUACCUGGAGAGGUCUGCGAGGCUUUGGAGAACACUCUGGACGGUUGUGACGCAAAGGCAUUAAAUUUGAGAGCCAUCUUUGAGAAAAUCAUCCCUGGUGAAAGCGAUACAUGGGAUAAGCGAUAUAUUAAGAUCCUCCGCCGACUUGGCAAGGGGAAUAAAGUCGAGGAGCUCAUGGCGUCAAUCACUGAAGACGUCCAACUCGUUGUGAACCACAAUUCGGUCCAGUCUGCGAGCGCACGGCAAACCCUCGAGCUUGAUGACAUUAUCAAAGAGAUGAAGUCGAUUGAGUCUUCAGUGCCGACCGCAAACACAAUGACGUUUAGUAGUGGCGGAGGGGCGCAAACAAACAACGUGAAUAGUGGAAGUGGGCAACAGAUCCACACUAAUGGGAAUGUCGGAACGCAGUACUUCAAUUCUGUCGCUUUUAGGCACAAGGAAGACUACAGCUUUCAUGAGCCCGCCGGUAUCCAAUUAGGUCACGCGCCUCAUAUCGACCCGGAACUCUUUAUCGGCCGUGUUUCCGAACUUCAUGUGAUUUCAGAUAUCCUUCAACCUCGUCACACUUCUCAAAAGCAGCGACGUCUGUUUCUUGCUGGCCCGGGUGGCGUGGGCAAGACCCAGCUUGCCAUUGCCUACGCGGAAUCUCAUCGGGAAUCCUAUAGCUCAGCUUUAUGGCUGAAUGCAACGACCAUGACCACGCUGAAAGAGAGCUUUCGGCGAAUCGCCUCCCUCAUCUUCCCUGUACAAAAUUUCGAAGACCUGGAGAGUGGUACCAUUUUUGAGCGCGUGCAGCGGUGGUUAUCAGAUUCAGAAAAUACCAGCUGGCUCCUGAUUUUUGAUAAUUAUGAUGACCCAAGCCGGUUUUCCAUCAACGAAUAUUUUCCGACCGCUUCCCAUGGGGCUGUGGUAGUGACGACUCGACGCUCGGAUAUUGGUCAGAACACUCUGCAUGUUAAGCCUUUGCAGGAUAUUUCAGAUAGCUUGGCAAUUUUACAGUCCCGUUCGAAGAGAGCCAAUGUGCAGUCAGACCCGUUUGCGGAGCGUCUGGCUGAGCGCCUCGAUGGAUUUCCUCUUGUUUUGGCUACUGCUGGAGUGUUCGUCCAGAUGACAGGUUUGAGUUUCGAACGUUAUCUGCAAGAAUAUGAGACUCAUUGGAUUAUCAAUCCUAAUCAAUCGAUUACACCCCAAGAGUACCAUGAUCGCACCCUAUAUACGACCUGGGAUAUUACAUAUACCCACCUUACAGCUGAGAAUCCAUAUGCGGCAAACUUUCUCAAAAUGCUGGCGUAUUUCGAUAAUCAAAACUUAUGGUACGAAUUCUUCCAUGCUGGAAUCACCGAGGAUUCUCCAGAGUGGCUUCGUGAAGUGCUUGCAAGUGAUGUGACCUUCCAUGGAGUGAUGGCUACUCUAGCCAAAUACUCAUUUCUAGAGACCGAUGGGGUGUCAGGGUCAUGGAGCAUGCAUAAUUGUAUCCAUGACUGGACAUUAGCAACGCUUGAUGAGGAUCUCGACAUGACGUAUUACUGGUAUAAUAUGGAUUGCGUGUAUGCGUGCGUUGUAGGAGUGGAUACCAACACGCUUGGGUACACCUCCUUUUCUCCUCUCUCUCGUCAUGCGGCGCGGCUAGCAGACGAGCGCCUCCUUGGCAAUGAUAUGAUCUCCAAUUCUAAAAGUGAUCGAUUGCAUAAGGUUAUCCAUGUUUCAUUGCUAUUACGACUCCAGUUUCAGCUUGAUAAGGCGGAGCAGAUGUAUAUGCGAGCGCUAGCUGGGUACGAGAAAGCGCUAGGACCUGACCACGCGUCAACUCUAGGCGCUGUUCGCGAACUUGGGAUUCUAUAUCGCGAGCAAGGCAAGCUAGACAAAGCGGAGCAGAUGUAUAUGCGAGCGCUAGCUGGGUACGAGAAAGCGCUAAGACCUGACCACACGUCAACUCUAGACGCUGUUCACAAUUUAGGGGCUCUAUAUCGCGAGCAAGGCAAGCUAGACAAAGCGGAGCAGAUGGAUAUGCGAGCGCUAGCUGGGUACGAGAAAGCGCUAGCUGGGUACGAGAAAGCGCUAGCUGGGUACGAGAAAGCGCUAGGACCUGACCACACAUCAACCCUUGAUACUGUUCACAGUCUCGGGAUUCUAUAUCGUGGCCAAGGCAAGCUGGACCAAGCGGAGCAGAUGUAUAUGCGAGCGCUAGCUGGGUGCGAGAAAGCGCUAGGACCUGACCACACGUCAACCCUUGAUUCUAUUCACAAUCUCGGGGCUUUAUACUGCGACCAAGGCAAGCUGGACCAAGCGGAGCAGAUGUUUAUGCGAGCGCUAGCUGGGCGCGAGAAAGCGCUAGGACCAGACCAUAUAGCAACCCUUGACAUUAUUCAUGAUAUCGGGACUCUAUACUGCGACCAAGGCAAGCUGGACCAAGCGGAGCAGAUGUUUAUGCGAGCGCUAGCUGGGUACGAGAAAGUGCUAGGACCAGACCACACGUCAACCCUUGAUACUUUUCAUAAUCUCGGGAUUCUAUAUCAUGGCCAAGGCAAGCUGGACCAAGCGGAGCAGAUGUAUAUACGAGCGCUAGCUGGGCGCGAGAAAGCGCUAGGACCAGACCACACGUCAACCCUUCAUACUGUUCACAGUCUUGGGAUUACGUAUCGUGACCAAGGCAAGCUGGACCAAGGGAAGCAGAUGUGUAUGCGAGCGCUAGCUGGGUACGAGAAAGUGCUAGGACCGGGCCACCCUUCGACUUAA